UAAUGUUUCUCGUUGCAGAACAAGGUGGGGUUACGUAAUGCACCCUACUUUAUUCUUGAUAAAAGUACUGUAGACAAUAGCAUGCAAUAUCUCAUCUUUGCGCUCUCCUUCUUUUAACAUCUAUAUAUACGCUAUCCUAUACCUUCAAAAAACAACACAAGGCUUUGGAAUCCUCUCAACCAUUAAAAUUUGGGUUCAUUCUCUGUAAAUUUGAGAUUGAUAUCAUCUUCAGUCAAGCUCAAAAAUGGGUUUCCGUUUACCUGUCAUCCGAAGGGCAUCAUUCACUGCAAGACAAACAACUUCAAAAUCUGAAGACAUACCGAAGGGCUAUUUUGCAGUUUAUGUUGGAGAGAAACAAAAUCGGUUUGUGAUUCCCAUCUCUUACUUGAACCAACCUUCAUUCCAAGACUUACUGAGUCAUGCAGAGGAAGAGUUUGGGUAUGAUCAUCCCAUGGGAGGCCUCACAAUUCCAUGCAGUGAAGAUGUCUUCCAACAUACAAUUUCUUGCUUCAAGGGACAAUAGAUCUCACUUUAGGAGACUCACAUAGAUUAAUUAGAGACAUUUUGUACAGUAGGCAUCUUCUCGAAUUGUAACUAUUUUUACCAAAUUUUGGGUAAUGAUGAUGAAUUCAAAUUUUUCUAUCUA